UGCUCCUCCUUCCUGCAAAACAAACCGAUUUCCGUAACCGCUGGCGAUAGAUUCCGUACACUUCGUAGAGAAACACAGAGGAAGCGGAGGUCUGGGUUAUCGGGUCUAGAUCCGGCGAGCCCAUGGCGAGUCAUAGAGUUCAUCUUGUAUGGAUCUCAUUGCUUGCUCUCUUUUCCGUUCAUGUCCGUUGCUUCUACCUCCCCGGUGUCGCUCCGGAGGAUUUCCAAAAGGGGGAUCAAUUGUUGGUGAAAGUGAAUAAACUGACCUCAACAAAAACACAACUUCCUUAUUCCUACUAUUCCCUCCCCUAUUGCCAUCCAGAGCGCAUUGUUGACAGUGCAGAGAAUCUUGGGGAAGUCCUUCGUGGUGAUCGCAUAGAAAAUUCUCCUUAUGUGUUUAAAAUGAGAGAACCACAAAUGUGCAAUGUUGUUGGUCGUGUAGUACUUGAUAAGAAAAAAGCCAAGGCAUUCAAGGAGAAGAUAGAAGAUGAGUACCGAGUGAACAUGAUUUUAGACAAUCUUCCUCUAGUUGUUCCCUUUCGAAGGUCUGAUCAGGACCCUGUAGUGUAUCAACAUGGCUUUCAUGUUGGUCUCAAGGGACAGUAUGCGGGAAGGAAGGAAGAAAAGCAUUUUAUCCAUAAUCAUUUGACAUUUACUGUCAAGUUUCACAAAGACCCGCAGACAGAUUCUUCAAGGAUUGUUGGGUUUGAGGUUAAACCAUUCAGUGUUAAACAUGAGUAUGAGGGUCAAUGGAAGGAGAAGACCACCCGUUUAAUAACUUGUGAUCCCCAUGCCAAACGUGCUGUCACCAACUCUGAUUCUCCUCAAGAAGUUGAUGAUAAGAAGGAGAUUAUAUUUACAUAUGACGUUGAGUUCCAGGAAAGUGAUAUAAAGUGGGCAUCUCGUUGGGAUACAUAUCUUCUAAUGGCUGAUGACCAGAUCCAUUGGUUCUCAAUUGUUAAUUCUUUGAUGAUUGUUCUUUUCCUGUCGGGAAUGGUGGCCAUGAUCAUGUUGCGGACUCUUUACAGGGAUAUUUCCAAGUACAACCAACUUGAAACCCAAGAAGAAGCCCAGGAAGAGACAGGGUGGAAACUGGUUCAUGGGGAUGUUUUCAGACCUCCCACAAACUCAGACUUACUUUGUGUCUAUGUUGGAACUGGGAUUCAGUUUUUUGGAAUGAUUCUUGUCACCAUGAUCUUUGCUCUUCUGGGAUUUUUGUCCCCCUCAAACCGAGGUGGGUUGAUGACUGCCAUGCUUCUACUCUGGGUAUUCAUGGGGCUGUUUGCAGGAUACUCCUCGGCUCGUCUUUAUAAGAUGUUCAAGGGAACAGAAUGGAAGAAAAUUACUUUAAAAACAGCCUUUAUGUUCCCUGCCACUGUCUUUGCCAUUUUCUUUGUUUUGAAUGCUCUGAUAUGGGGCCAAAAAUCCUCUGGUGCUGUGCCAUUUGGAACCAUGUUUGCUUUGGUACUCUUGUGGUUUGGUAUCUCAGUCCCGCUAGUGUUUGUGGGUAGCUAUAUUGGGUUUAAGAAGCCAGCAAUGGAGGAUCCAGUGAAAACUAAUAAGAUUCCACGACAAAUCCCAGAGCAGCCCUGGUACAUGAACCCAGCCUUCUCUAUCCUAAUAGGAGGCAUACUUCCGUUUGGGGCUGUCUUUAUUGAGCUCUUUUUCAUCCUUACUUCAAUAUGGUUGCAUCAGUUCUAUUACAUAUUUGGCUUCCUCUUCAUUGUUUUCGUCAUUCUUAUCAUCACCUGUGCUGAGAUCACAAUUGUGCUCUGCUACUUCCAGCUUUGCAGUGAGGAUUAUUUAUGGUGGUGGAGAUCAUACUUGACUUCGGGUUCCUCUGCACUUUAUUUAUUCCUCUAUGCCGCCUUCUACUUCUUUACAAAGCUUGAAAUCACAAAACCGGUGUCUGGGGUUCUGUACUUUGGAUACAUGUUGAUUGUUUCAUAUGCCUUCUUUGCGCUGACUGGUACAAUUGGUUUCUAUGCAUGCUUCUGGUUCACAAGGCUCAUCUAUUCCUCAGUGAAGAUUGAUUGAGUAAUCUCUGUUGCAACCAAAUGAAAAAUGGUCAGUUUGUUUCUUAAUGGAGGAUGCUGAACUGUCGUUGCAGGGAUUAGAAAUGCAAGGUUUCCCCACUCUAUUGACUUUAGAUUACCUCCUGGGUUCAGUUUUGAAUGUUUGAUUAUAGAAAUUGUUACUUCUUAGCCUCUUUUACUACAGUUUCCUUGACAGUUACUAGUUCUUUUUUACCUUUUUUAACUUUAUCAAUUUGUAUGAGAUGACCUUGGGGAGGAUUGAUAAGCAGUCUUAUCCAUGGCUGUUCCAGAAAUUUAAGGGAUUUCUUGUAACACUGUUUGCUUCUUAGUAACCAAAAUUCUGUUAUUAAAAGAUUUCAUCAUCUGUGUUGCAGUUGGGAAAUAAAAGAAAUAUUCUGAG